AAGGGGAUAUUAGAAUUGCUUCCGGUGCUAGGAGUCAUGAGAGGUAGUUCUGUUGCGAGGUUGUUUCUUUUCCUCCUAAGAUUCUGUUGGCGCCUGUGAGUGGCCGCUUAGGAUGGAUGAGGACGGGUUGCCUCUCGUAGGCUCCGGCAUCGACCUGACCAAGGUUCCAGCCAUCCAGCAGAAGAGAACAGUGGCAUUUCUAAACCAAUUUGUGGUUCACACAGUUCAAUUCCUUAACCGAUUUUCUACUGUUUGUGAAGAGAAAUUGUCAGCACUUUCUCUCCGUAUUCAGCAAAUUGAAACUACACUGAAUAUUCUGGAUGCAAAGUUGUCUUCUAUACCUGGCCUAGAAGAUGUCAAAUUUGAAGUAUCCAGCACCAGCAUCAACAGUGUUAUGAAUGGCCCUAUCCCACAAGCCUCAGUAGAUUCACAGUCAACAAAUGUAUCUCCUCAGUUGGAGGGCAGUGGUCAUGACGUGGGACAACAGAAGACAGAAGGAGCCACAGAAAAUAUCAUCACGGUAGCAAAGGAUCCACGCUAUGCAAGAUAUCUCAAAAUGGUUCAAGUGGGUGUUCCUGUAAUGGCAAUAAGAAACAAAAUGAUUUCUGAAGGGUUAAACCCGGAUCUUCUUGAGACACCAGAUGCUGCCGUGCCCUCAUGGGGAGACGAGGCACAUGCAGAAGACAGUUCAGACAGUGAAUCCUCUUUUAGUGACUAGCGGUGCUGAUCUGUUUCUGUGUUUUUCUUUAAAAGCCCUCUCCAAACCCUUUUUAUAAGUGCGGCGUACAAAACAUAAUUUGAAAGAUGUCCUGAUCCCUUGAGCCAUGUCACAUUUUCUUUCUAGGAAUAGCUGCUUUGCACUGGGAUCUUUACAUUGUCUUCCUCAGAGUUUUGAAUAAAGGCCCAAUCAGUCCUGAAGGGGCAGUGUUAUGAUGUGCUAUUACUUAUGAUGUGGUGGCCUUGACUUCCUUGACUAUUGUUCCAAGCAAACUCAGGGUAAAGUCAGGGUGAUGGUGGUGAACUUUAGAGUUGUAUGCAUGAGUAAGUAGAACAUGCAAGUAGGGAAAGGGGGAAUGUGUGCCCUAGGUCUGUCCCUCUUGCCCUCCACAAGUUUUGAGGGGGACCAGCUGCAGUGGGGAGCCUCCUGUAUUUGUCAAGGCAUGGGAAACUUCCACAAGUAGAUUCCUGAUUUCCGCAUUGCCCACGCUGCGGGGAACUCCACUGCAAAUGGCUGUCCUCCUACUCAUGGAGGGUGAUGGGGACACUGACAGGGGAGGGCAGAGCUAGUGUGCUCAUCCUUGCUCGCCCCACUUGCUCCAUCUACCAGUCUGUGAGUAUAGCACCUGAAUAUUGCUUUGCAUUUCCGAUAAAGCUGAGAUGGUUCUUUGGACAAUAUUUAACCUUUUAAAUUACCUCUUAUGUAUAACUGGAUUACCCCACCCCACCCCUUCCUGGUAACUGUAGAGUAUUCAGAAUUCUACUAAUGCUGAUGUAUUGUUUCCUAUAUUGCAUUUCUUUUUAAUCCUCUAGUGUUGAAUGAGAAUUCCAAGCGCCCUUGUGCUAUAUUGCAAGAAGCACAAAUAUUCUGUUUGUCCCAGUGUUGUAAGUACAAAGGCAGGGGUGACAGAAAGAUUUGAGGGUAGAAGAUUGAUGGCUGUUUGAAUGAACAUCUGUUCUGUGGGACUAAAUCACUCAACGUUGCUGCCGCUCCACCACCACCAAGGUUUAUUCAGUGAGAAUCCUGUACUGGACAGGUGAAAAUCUUAGGUUGUACACUAGUAAAAUUUUGCAUGUUGCAUCAAAGCCACCCUAGUCAGCAAGUGACUUCUGUGGGAUUUCUUGUUUAGGACAUCAUUCAUAAAUACUACAGUAAACUCAACAACGAAAACUCCAGGUUACUUAGGAGAAUAAAGUUCUAAAUACUGAUGUGAAAGAAACUGAUUUUCUUAAAAGGUUUUUAAUGCAAUAGCAAAAACUUCCAUAGUUUAGGAUUUUGGAGGAUAGAUAAAACUAGCAAGGAGAUCACCUUGUUUUCAAAACCAUAUUCAGGAAAACAGCCACUCACAGAGAUGGAGACCUACCAUUUCUUUCAAACCAUGAAUUGCCUUAUGGAGGGAACUGGUAAAAAAAAAAGUGACCCUGUCUUAAUUGAAAAACCGCCUUCUAUAUCAAAACGCAAAGGACCCCAAGUACGUUCAAGACUGCAUAAACAUUCAGAGGUUGUUUAGCAAGAUUGGUUCCAACACUACUUGGUGAAUUUCACCCGUGAUGUUAAGGACCAUUUUAUGUUACGGAUUUAGAGCAUUCCUUAAGUGUACACAUAGUGUACACUAGAACACUCAAAACGAACACUAAUGCUCUUCCACCCCAUGUAUGCAUGGCAGGGACCUGUGGUUGUCCAUGCCUUCCCAAUGUGGUAUAUGGAUAUGUAAACUGACCCUCAGCUUUGUCCUUCAACUUUUGCCCGUCCCCUUAGCUGACAUUAGUGUAUUCUCACACUACCAUUUUGAAUUUGCUGCACUGUGCUAACACUGUUAAUGUGUUCAGCAUAUGCCAGGAUGGCCAUGUACACAUCAGCAUCGGAUCUGAAGAUGAGCCAUGAGAGGUUGGGGUUGUUCGCUCCUCUUAGUCAGGAGAGUUAUAGCUGCAGCUGUGAAGUAGAAUGUCAUGCCAUUUUUCUGGCUAUUCCAGGCCAUUUGUUCUUGUUUGAAAAUAUUUCAGAAUAGGACUAGGUUUUUAUUAACUUGGUCUUCAGCAAAAUGCAACUAGUAUUAACAGUGUCUGUUUGUCAGCCAUAAAUAACGUAAGAUUGUUACAUGCUUGUUACCAUGCUGCCUAAUAACACAUAUUGUAUGCUAUAUAACACUCAGAACUGGAUCCUGUAUAUUUGAAAAGCAUGCAUCCAUAAUUAAAGUUAUGUUUUGUAAGUCAAA